ACUGCUUGUGCUGCACAUAGAAGGUUGUAAAAGCAGCAACCAACCACGCUUGAAGGCGUCCCUUUUCCUUAUGUUUCCUUACUGCACGGCGGAUUAAAACUUCCCGCUGUGUUCGUUUCUCUUCCUGCGAGUGAAGAUACAGGUGGUGCCUUGCGUUGUAUUCGACCCUCCUCCUGCACGAGCUGUGUUUUCUUCACAUCUGCGCGCAGAUUAAUAUGCUCCUCAUCCAUUUAUUUCACAGCAUUACUCCUUCCCUCAGAAACCAUGGGUUCUGUGAUGUUGGGCUGGAGGUUUUCAUGUGUUCUGGUGCAGGCGACUGUCUGGCUGUUGCUCAGCAAGGGGGAGAGGAUAUGCCCUGCAAGUUGUCGCUGCGAAGGCAAGCUCGUCUACUGCGAGUCAGGCAUUUUCCAAGACAUUCCCGAGAAUAUCACCGCAGGAUGCCAAGGUCUUUCUCUACGCUAUAACAAUCUGCUUGUGCUGAUACCCUACCAGUUUGCGCAUCUCAAUCAGCUUGUCUGGCUCUAUUUGGACCAUAAUUCAAUCAGUGCAGUGGAUGUUUUAGCCUUCCACGGUGUGAGGAGGCUAAAAGAACUCAUUAUUAGCUCCAAUAAGAUAAGCCACCUGCACAACAACACGUUUAGCGCCAUCCCAAACCUGCGGAAUUUGGAUCUAUCAUACAACAAGCUCCAGUCUUUGCAGCCGGGACAUUUGUUUGGCCUGCGCAAGCUCCAGAAUCUCCACCUUCGAUCCAACGGACUCAAACAGAUUAUCGUCCGUACAUUUCUGGAAUGCCGUAGCUUGGAGUUUCUGGAUUUGGGUUACAACCGGCUGCGGAGUCUCACCCGCACAACCUUUUUAGGACUGUUCCGGCUCAAAGAGCUUCAUUUAGAGCACAAUCAAUUCUCACGGAUUAAUUUCUACAUUUUCCCACGGCUCACAAACCUACAGACUCUUUACUUGCAGUGGAACCGCAUACGAGCCGUAAGUCAAGGCGUACCUUGGACCUGGCUGAAAAUGCAGAAACUGGACCUUUCGGGGAACGAAAUACAAACAUUGGACCCUUUGGUUUUCCAGUCGAUGCCAAAUUUACAAACACUCAAUUUGGAAUCCAACAAGCUCAGGAGCGUUCCCGUGGAAGCCGUGGCGGCGUGGACUUCGGUGACCUCCGUCGGCUUGGCCGGCAACGCCUGGGACUGUAGACCGAGUAUCUGCCCGCUCAUGGCGUGGCUCAGGACCUUGAGGGACGCCAAAGACAUUAGCAUGAUAUGCAGCAGUCCCAAGUCUGUGCAGGGAGAGAGGGUCAUGGAUGUCGUGGGGAAUUAUUCCACCUGUGCGGACAUAAUGGCUAAAGUGAAUACCACUGCUGCUGCAGCUGUAUUGACUUCAAGCCCUUUUAUGAACGCCACUUUGGACCAUCUCUUCAGUGAUGUCACGGAGCUGGAUAAUGACGAGUCUCCUGCGCUGACAUCGACAUCUUCAUCCAUCUGGCCUGAUAAAACGGAUAGACAGAAUCUGAGCACCUCACCGCCCACGCCCUCUAAAUCUCCUACUUCGUCCUUCCCAGAGAUGCCGUUUGAACAUAUGGCUUUUCAUAAAAUCAUCGCGGGCACUGUAGCCCUGUUUUUAUCAGUGUCAUUGAUCCUCCUGGUUAUUUAUGUCUCAUGGAGGCACUACCCCAACACCAUGAGGCAACUGCAGCAGCACUCAGUCAAACAUAAGCGUAGGAAAAAAGUGCGGAAGCAGGAGCAGGACCUUAACUCUCAGUUACAAGAAUACUACCUGAGCUACCAUUCAAACUCAGAAACCAUGGAUUCACUAACAAACGAGGCACGGCCGUGCACAUGCACCAUUUCGGGAUCAAUAGAAUGUGAAGUAUAGAGUUCCGCUCUUCUAAGUCUUCUAUUAGACUAUAAGGGACAUUUCCGGGCAAAUCUUUCACCUGAUAUGUGAUUUUAUAAUAAAUGGCAUCAUAAAAUGUUCCUCUCCUCUGCAAUGGAGGCAAAUGUUCAGCAACCGAGUCCAAUAUAUCUGUGUGGAAGGAGCAGAGGCGAGAUAUCCUGGAAGCUCUUUAAUACAGUGACUAACAUGCAACACCUACCAUCUUACCUGUGCAUGACACAAUCUACAAACUGCCCAUGAUUCAGCUCUGUUAAUUGGUUGAUCCUUUGGUUGGUCAAAAUGGAUGGUUAUACCAUGGGUAAAGCAACAGAGCCAUUUUUUACUUGCCUGUUUACAUCAUGUUAAUUGUAUACUAUGUAAAAUAUGAAAUUGUAGGGGAGAAUCUUGAUGUAAUUGAAUGUGUAAGUGUAUGUGUGAGUGUAUGUCCCAAGAGGAUGAGUUUAUUAUCCAGAUUAAAAAAUUCCAGAGGGAUUACUAUUGUCAGUUUUAAUAUUUAGCUAUGUUACUCUAUGUCCUACCAGUGCAUUAGUUACAAAUAUGUAAGCUAUUCCGCUGAGACCAGAUGCUGCUCACACAGCGUCUAAAAGAGGUAUAAUGGCCUGUGAGAUGCCAUGUGUGUGUUUUAUCAGAACAAAUGUUUGCGAUAGUUCCCAAAAUAUGAAUAAACUCCUACUUCAGAAACAUUCACUUAUACCGUGGUAUCUCAACAUACGAUCACUUCGACACACGAUCUAAUCGACAUCCAACGUAUAAAUUAACCCGCCAUUUGUUUCUACAUCCGACGAUAUGCUCGAAAUACCACGAUUUAAGACAGCGACGCAGUUUUCUUUGUUUUCCUGCAAGACGGACGCACAGCGGAUUUUCUUGUGAGCGAAUUCAACGUGUUCCAAGAAUGUUAGUGCAGGUGAUGAAAAAAGGAAAAACGUGAGGCUUACCAUUGAAAUCAAGAUGGAAAUGAUAGAAAAGUAUGAGCGUGGUAUGCCGUCCGUGAACUGGCUUAACAAUCUGGCCGUAGAAUGUCUAAAAAUCGCCAGCUUCAUCAGAUUUUUAAUUAUUUAUUUUAGAACUUGUGCAACACAACAUGCCUACUGUCUGCUGUAGCUGAACAAAGUGAAGGUAAAAUGUCCUCUCUCACUAUGCCAAGUCACCAACGCGGUGCGUUCAGGUACACCACGCAAAACACAUCCACCACAUUAGAAGCCGAUGCGUUACAUUUUUACAGGUAUUAUGAUCUAUAGAUACUAUCGAUUUUUAUUCAUUUAUUCAUUUGUUUUGCUCUGUGUAAUUGCUAUUUGCAAUAGUACCAGCAGCAUUUAUUAAGGAUUUAGUGUAGGUUUUUGGGCUGUGGAAUGAAUUAAUAGAACUAUAAUGUAUUCUUAUAGGAAAAUCCUGCUCGACAUACGACCAAUUGCAAACAAGGUCCUGGAACGAAUUAAUUUUGUAUGUAGAGGUACCACUGUAUUUCUAAAGUUGUGUUUGUGUUUUUUUAGAGGUUUGAGAAAACGGGUUAAAAAAAGAAAGACAGAAAGAAAGAAAGAAAGAAAGAAAGAAAGAAAGAAAGAAAGAAAGAAAGAAAGAAAGAAAGAAAGAAAGAAAGAAAGAAAGAAAGAAAGAAAGAAAGAAAGAGAAAGAAAACGGUCAUAAUAAUCCAAAGUUUCUUUUUUAUUUUUUAGCAGCUCCCACCAUGUUUAGGUACUGUUUAUCAGACUCUAAAUGCAAGAUCAUGCAUGGCAAUUUGGUGAAGGCAAUUUUCCCAGAACUGAUCAGAAUAAAGAAGUUGAAUAAAGCAUGUUUGCCAAGCACUUCAGAAAAAAAAACAUGUCUAAUCAUCUUUGGCUAUUCUCACACAUUGAGUUCCCUCAAGUUUAAACACAAAAAAAAAGAUUACUUCAUUAAUUCUAACUGAUUUUCUAAUAUGUUGCCAGUUUUGGAGAGCUCAUAAGAAGCACAGUAUGAUAAGCCCUUAAAAAAAAUGCAAUUGUUCUCCAUUUUUGACGCAAGUGUCUGGUUUUGGUGGAAGGCUCACAUAUUAUUGGCACAUCAAUUUGGCAAACUAACCCACACUCAUUUCAUUUUCAGUAUGGAUAACACUCCUUCAGACCAAAGUGGCUUUUAUGUUUCACAGAUGCAUCCCUUUAUGAUCAAAUCUGUUUAAAACAUGAAUAUAAACAAAUGUACUUUGAAGAUUUUUGAAUACACCGGCCAUCACAUUAUGACUACACUACUAUUGAAAUUUAAGUUUUGGAUUAGUGAUGGUAUUGAAGUGAGAAGUGUUUCAAUAUUUUGGUUACUGCAGUUAUAAAGGUACAAAAAGCAUUAGGAACAGCUUUCAAUCUGAUGCAAUACAGGGCAAUGCCAUUGUCAACUAAAAUACAAUAAUGGACAUUUUUAAAUGAGUACUUGUCUUGCAAUGUCUUUCAAAACUGAGACGGAACAAUAUCUUCAACUCCUGCAUUGGAGCUCAUUACAUUGUACAAUUGAUCAUGACAUUUUUGUAUUUUUAUGAGAAAUGGUGUAUUGAUUCAGCAUUGUUUGUGAAAAGCGCUAAGAAAUGUGGUUACAAUGCAUUGCUGGGGAAAUGACUGUAAUUAGCAGAAUACAGACGGUGAAAAAGAGAAGGGAAGGAAAAGAAUCCAUCUUUAUUUCUGCAUUUGCGGGAUCUACAUUUCACAGUACAUAAUGGCGCAUAUAAAAUUGAUGACAGAUUUUGUCGUUUUCCAUCCUCUUUUGUGACUCCCCUCUUGACUUUAAUAACACUGACAAUAGUAUUAACUAAAUGUGGGUCACUCGUGUUGGCUUUAUAUAGACAAGACUCCAUUAUUUUUUCUUUUAAGAAAACAAUGAUUCCAAAAUAGGAAAAGGAGAAUUGAAGCAGGCCCUAUGGGGAUUGUUAUAGGUCAAGUCAAGUCUGUUACGCUAAUAGGAAGACAUUACCCACCUUCAUCUGUCUCCUUCUGCUUUCCUUCCACCUACGUCUUUCUGGGAUAACCUGCGCAGGGGACACGUGGGCAUGUGUUGAGUCAGGCAGGAUUAACUGAUGCUCCAGCAUGUGAAUUCUAUAAAAAGGUGAUAUUUUCCCCCGGGCGAGACACGACUUGUACAGUUAAUCAGUUUACUACACGUGUGGUUUAUUAUCCCAGCUGUCAUGCAUGUCAUUCCUUGUUUUUCUUGUUGAGUUUGUGAAGAAGGUAAAUUUCCGUCUAGUCCAAAUGUUUGUUUUGACCGAUGGUGUUUGGUAAUUGAACGAUGCUUGCAUUUAAUCUGAUGAAUUUCUUUCAAGGACCAAUGGGAACAUUUCCAACUGCAAGAAGAAAAAGGAAAUUCCAUGAACAGUAUAAAUGAUUUGUUGAUCCCAGUUUGACACAUAUUGUAAUUACUGUUUGAUUUGUCAUAUAAUGACUGAUGAAAAGCAAUUUUCCCAUGUUUUUGUGCUGCGUGUAGCCAAAACAAGAAUGCUGAUUAGAGAGUCGUGGUCUGCAUCUUGCAGACCAUUAUCGAGGCUAUUGGUUUGGGUGAAAUAUUGCAGCAGUGCACAGUAUUGACUGAGCAACAACAAGGUACAAAUGCAACCACGCGCUACGUGCAAAAUAAGGAGGGUGGAGGGGUGCGGGGACUCUAUGCUGUCAGUUUCCUGAACUGGAGAAUGUCCUUGUGUUGAUGGAGGCAUCUUCGAGCAGACAGCAAAAACAAGCAGAUGACGGGAGAAAACAGAAUUGCAAAAAUCCUGCCGGCAAAAAUCCAGAAACAAGAUUGGUUUUCUCUGUGUUCCUGUUAAGUCAGGCCGUGAGGGGCCAGCGCUCACUUGGCAGGCGUAAAAUUUUGAUUUACAUCUGUCACUGUGCAUUCUUUUUCUAGCAAAACAUCCAUGCAACAUUAUACUUGUGUUUGCCAAAGGUUACAGCCUAAUUUAGAAGGUAAAAUGAAGCCAAUAUGGCAGUUAUGACAGCCCAUUAAAGAUGCAACAUAAGGUUUUAUUGUCAUUGCUUCAUUUUCCAUUACAUGAAGUUGGAAAAAAGAAUAAAUAGUCAUUCAUUACUUUUAACGGACUUCUUUGCAGUCUUAUUGCAGGUACAAUCAAAGUCUGUGUAUUUCAGCUGCCUCCCAAACGACACACAUUUGAAGGAAAUUCCAUUUUCAACUUUGUGAAAUCUAAUGUUGCAAACAGAAAAAUUCGAUAUGUCCCAGAAAAUAUUCAACCUAUGGAAGAAAAGCAUGUUGUAGCUCACUGUACAUCUGAAAUUGGUUUAUUAACACAUGAACAUAAAAGAUUUUUAUCCGGUUCCAGUAAUAAAGUUAUCAUAGUUACCAUGCCUAAUAGGGUUUUUAAUUUUCUUUUUAAAAUAUAGCUGUCUAAUUAUUAUUUGGAAACAAUUUUUACUCUAAGAAAUACUGGAAACUGAAAAAAAUAACCUUCAGGGUCAAACUAUUACAUGAAUAUUGUUCACAAGUGUAAAAAUGAGAUUGUUCUUUUUAAUUGUUAAUUUGUCUUAAAACAUAACCAUUCUGUUUCAAGUAGAAUGGUAGUUUUGCACCGAUACCAUUUUUUGGCCCCGGUACCGAUA